AUGGGAACACCAGUACAGAUUUCGAAUGCUGUACCGUGGCGGAGUCGGUUCGCUUCCGCCGGUUCGUCCACCAAUUCCGCCUCCCCCGCGAUCCGCUGCGAAUCCGCCGAUCCGACGGUGGAAACGCGGACUGCGGAAGGACUCGCGGGAAGCGCAGCGGAGCCGGAAGCUUCCGCCAAGAAGGGCAAAGGGGGGGAGAAAGGGGGAGGCGGCGGGGAAUGUCAGGGGAAAGGCGGCGGAAAGGCUGGCGGGAAAAGCGGCGCGGCAUCCGCGGAAGCGUCGAAGAUCGCGUCGCGGUCGGAGAAUUUCAGUCGGUGGUAUCUGGACGUGAUUCGCGAGGCUGAGCUGGCGGAUUAUGGCCCAGUGCGCGGCACGAUGGUGAUCCGCCCGUACGGCUACGCCAUCUGGGAGGCGAUCCAGUCGUGGCUCGACCGCAAGUUCAAGGAGACGGGGCACGAGAACAUGUACUUUCCACAGUUCAUCCCAUAUUCUUUUAUCGAAAAAGAGGCAUCCCACGUGGAGGGCUUUUCUCCUGAGCUGGCGCUUGUGACUAUAGGGGGAGGCAAGGAGCUUGAGGAGAGGCUGGUGGUCCGUCCCACGAGUGAGACGAUCGUGAAUCACAUGUUUGCGCAGUGGAUUCAGAGCUACAGAGACCUGCCCCUGCUGAUCAACCAGUGGGCGAACGUGACGCGGUGGGAGAUGAGCACGCGGCCGUUUGUGCGCACUCUGGAGUUCCUGUGGCAGGAGGGGCACACGGCGCACUCCAGUAGGGAGGAGGCUGAGGAGGAGGCUCUGCGCAUGGUGGAGGUGUAUCGGCAGUUUGCAUGGGAGCAGGCGGCAGUGCCAGUGAUAGUGGGCCGCAAGUCGCCCAAUGAGACCUUUGCCGGUGCCGAGACGACGUAUACGAUUGAGGCGAUGGCGGGGGAUAGAAGGGCGCUGCAGGCUGGAACGAGUCACUUCCUUGGGCAAAACUUUGCCAAGGCGUUUGGCACCAAGUACCUGGCAGAGACAGGGGAGCAGCAGUACGUGUGGCAGACGAGUUGGGGAGUGAGCACGCGCAUGGUGGGGGCAGUGAUCAUGGGGCAUGGCGAUGACAUGGGGCUCAAGCUGCCUCCUAAUCUGGCUCCUGUUCAGGUGGUGAUAGUGCCGAUUUGGAAGGCGGAGGGGGAGAAAGAGGCUGUGCUGGAGGCAGCAGGGCGGGCAGAGGGAAUACUGCGGGCGGCGGGGGUGAGAGUGAAGCUGGAUAAGUCAGAGCAGCGCACGCCCGGGUUCAAGUUCAACUUCUGGGAAAUGAAGGGCGUUCCUGUGCGCAUUGAGAUUGGUCCGCGGGAUGUCGCAGCCAAUACAGUCGUGACAGCGAGGCGCGACCGCCCGGGGAAGCAGGGGAAGCAGUUGGGGGUGUCGAUGGGCGGAGACGGGUGGGAGCUGGUGUCUCAUGUGCACGCGCUGCUGCAGGAGGUGCAGGACGGCUUGCUGGCAGAUGCAGUGGCGUUCAGGGAUAGCCAUAUCGUGGAUGUGGGGAGUUAUGAGGAGCUGAAGGCCGCCAUUGCCAGCAGCAAGUGGGCGCGAGGGCCUUGGGCCGGCAGUAACGAGGAUGAGCAGCGAGUGAAGGAGGAAACUGGAGCUACCCUGCGCUGCUUCCCUUUCGAGCCAAAGCUGUCCGAUGCCACGUGCUUCUUUACAGGGAAACCCGCUACAGAGCGGGCGAUUUUCUCUCGUGCCUACUGA